UAAAAUGCUCACCUGAAGAAACACUUCACCUACCUCUUAUGCUGCUGCACUGAACCAUUACAUCGUACGACCCGUCCCUUCCCUGCGUAGCUAGUUCGCGUUUCGUGAGGAAAAGGUUAUAAAAGAUGGCUGAUGCUGAGGACAUUCAACCUCUUGUUGUUGACAAUGGAACUGGAAUGGUCAAGGCUGGUUUUGCAGGUGAUGAUGCCCCAAGGGCUGUGUUUCCUAGUAUUGUUGGGCGACCUCGUCACACGGGUGUUAUGGUUGGGAUGGGUCAGAAGGAUGCUUAUGUGGGUGAUGAAGCCCAGUCAAAAAGGGGUAUACUCACAUUGAAGUAUCCAAUAGAGCAUGGUAUAGUUAGCAACUGGGAUGACAUGGAAAAGAUUUGGCAUCACACAUUUUACAAUGAGCUCCGUGUUGCCCCUGAUGAACACCCAGUUCUUCUCACUGAGGCGCCACUCAAUCCCAAGGCCAACAGAGAGAAGAUGACCCAAAUUAUGUUUGAAACCUUCAAUGUGCCUGCCAUGUAUGUUGCCAUUCAGGCUGUUUUGUCUCUGUAUGCCAGUGGACGCACAACAGGUAUUGUGCUUGAUUCUGGUGAUGGUGUGAGCCACACAGUGCCCAUAUAUGAAGGUUAUUCUCUUCCUCAUGCUAUCCUUAGGUUGGACCUUGCUGGCCGAGAUUUAACGGAGUACUUGAUGAAAAUUCUAACUGAGAGAGGAUACUCUUUCACUACCACUGCUGAACGGGAAAUUGUACGUGAUGUGAAGGAGAAAUUAGCUUAUGUGGCCCUUGAUUUUGAACAAGAAAUGGAGACUGCUAAGAGUAGUUCUGCAGUGGAGAAAAGCUACGAAUUACCUGAUGGACAGGUCAUUACAAUAGGGUCUGAGAGAUUCCGUUGCCCAGAAGUUCUCUUCCAGCCUUCUCUAAUUGGUAUGGAAGCUACUGGAAUCCAUGAAACUACGUACAACUCCAUCAUGAAAUGUGAUGUUGAUAUUAGGAAGGAUCUAUAUGGAAAUAUUGUGCUUAGUGGUGGGUCAACUAUGUUUCCUGGCAUUGCUGAUCGAAUGAGUAAGGAAAUCACUGCUCUUGCUCCGAGCAGCAUGAAAAUCAAGGUGGUGGCUCCUCCUGAGAGGAAAUACAGUGUCUGGAUUGGUGGGUCUAUCUUAGCAUCACUUAGCACCUUUCAACAGAUGUGGAUCUCCAAGGGUGAAUUUGAAGAAUCUGGUCCAGCUAUUGUUCACCGGAAGUGCUUCUGAGUUCAGAAGUUCUCCAUGCUGCUCCCAGUCUUGUGCCAUAUUUCAGUCAAGUUUGGUUGACUUAUUUGAUGCUUUGGGGUUUUUUUAGUAGAGGAGAUAUAUCUAGUGUAAUGUAUGAAUCACAGUUUGUAAGGUGGCUAUUUAUGCAAGAAGGCAAUGACUUUCAUAUAUUGAUCCAUCCUACAUUCCUACGGAUUAUUAAACACCGGAUUAUUA